GACGACGACGACGACGACGACGACGACGACGACGACAGCUACCGAUCACACGUAUACCUACCAAACAUUGUGCACGCUGACCCCACGCCCACGAGCUCAACCAUGGCGUCCCCACCCUCAUCACCCGACCUGCAUCCCCCAGACUACCUCCAAAGCGCGAGCUCACCACCGUCCGAGUCCGAACGCACACCACGGACGACGAUGCGCUCGCCGGACCCAUCGACCUCAUCGCCGCCAAGCAUGUUCCUCCCGCCGCCCAUCGUCCCAGCUACCACCUCCACAUUCUCUGUCAAGUCCGCCCUCGAGCUGCAACGUAGUCCGCUGCAGCAGCUGCAGAACCAGGGCCGCCGCCUCACCGCUGAGCUCCAGGACCUGCUCGAUGCGCAGUCGCUCGCGCUGAUGUCGCCCAGCACCCCCAGCGCCGCUACCACCAGCAGCAGCGGUGGGUGGGAGCGGAGGAAGAAGGGGCGGAAGAAGCUUCCCGUCGACCUAUCCGCAGCGCGAACCGGGAUCCUGACAGCGAUGCGCGAGCUCUCUGACGUCAAGGAGCGCGAGGCAUUGCUGUACUCGUCGAUGGUGGUGGAGCGGCAGCAGCUGCUUACAACGGUGACCACGCACGCUUCGAAGACGGCGCAGAUACGGCAGCAGCUGGGGAAGAUGGAUGCUGAGGCCGAGGCCAGGGAGGUGGAGAAGCUGCGGAAUGUCAAGAUGGGCUUGGCGGAGGAGAUCGAUGCCAAGAGGUGGGAGCUGCUGCAGCUCGAGAGGGAAAUGAAAAGUGUGAAGGCGAGGCUGGCGGGGUUGGAGAAUGUCGUCGAGGCUAGACAGAGUAGUUAUAAGGGCGCGUUGGAAUCGUCGGGACGGCGCAUGUCGCAGUUCUUGAAGACGCAGGGGCAGGAGAGUCCUCAGGCGGCGGCGGAGACUUGGAAGCUGGAGGCCCAGGCGUUUGCGGGGAAGAAAGAGGCGGCGGAGAAAGAGCAUGAGGCGCUGUGUGAGGGGAUGGAGCUGUGGGAGAGUGCUAUGGACGUGGUAUCGGCGUUUGAGGAGCGCCUGGCGACACGGCUACAGGAAGAGACUGGCAAUAGGCAGGAGUUGGGGAGGUGGAUCUCGCAAGAGCUGGACAAAGCUGUGACGGAGCUCGAUGAGAGGGUGCAGAGGGCAGAGACCGAGGGGUGGAAGUUGUUGAUUGUCGCGAUCGGCGCGGAAGUUCAGGCUAUGCGGGAAGCGGGCGAAGUAUUAAAGAGGAGCUUCGGCGGUGGCGGGCAAGUCGGUCAGCUUGUGGAGCACGACGAGGAGGAGGGCCGGCCAGAGAUGGUGGGGCUUGUCGAGAGGAAGGGAAAGAGGAAUAGUUAUUCCCCUUUGGAUGAUUAGCGGGUUCUUUUUGGGUUUGCGUGCUGCUUUUUGUUAAUGGGUAUAUGGUGUUACACAUGGGAUUAUUGAUGUUUAUGAUCCGACUUCGAGAUAGUUUCAUAGGAGACUUGGGAUGGUAGAUUCAUGUAGGCGCAAAGUUAGUCCUCGGACGUCCAAUACAAUAGUUUGUCUUUAGGGCCGCAGCAGCAGUCAGGCCUGUAAGUAAGCAAAGAAGAUGAGACACUCUAGACCGGCGACUGGAG